AUGUCACAGAUCCCUCAAUCCCCAAAUACAAAAUCAAAACCAAGACCUUUAUCACUUCAUUCCCAUAGAGUUGAUCAUAAUUCCUCAAAAUUACCCAGAAUACGUGAUGCGCUCGAGAUAGUUACACAAAUCCCAACUACGACUACGAGUAGAGCAUAUCAUCAUCGUUCGACACCAUCACAAUCAGCUGACUCAAGCAUGGCUACUGCGAAUACUUUCAAUACUAAUACUGAUGCUGAUGCUGAGCAUCAAAAUGAUUAUCUAAAACUUAAAUCUUCUAGUUUUGAUUUAAAAUUCACCGGGAAUCAUUCCACCGUUGCGACCCCUUUUAGUCCGACGAGCCAAAUCAAGAAAGAGCCAUUCCGCACAAGGAUAUUAAGUUCAUUCACUGGAAGUCCGGUUAGAUCACCUAAACCAUCAUCAUCGCGGCGAACAUUAUCUUAUCCCACGCCUACACCCAACAGACCCUCAGCCACCACCACCACCACAACCACAACCACGACCAUUCCCACCAAACUUCAACACGAAACAACAACAUCAUCAAGACUUUUCGCUUCCGAAAAAAAACCAAGGAACGUGCCUACUAUCAAUGGCAAGUAUGGAAUAACGGCUGAAGUCGCAAAAGAAACAACUUCGACAAUGUUGUCCCCAGGGUCAUCAUACGUAGCACAAACCACGAAUUGGAUCGCGGAUCAAUCUCAUUUGGAUCAAACUUCCUCUCCUUCAACAACCUAUGCACCACAAUCAUCUUUGGAGAAUACGCCAUCACGACCUGUAGUUUUACCAGCGAAGGGCUUCAAGAAUAAUAUAAAAAUGGAACCCGAGUUGAGAGAGAGGGAAUCUACAUUGAGGAGUUUAGAGGGGCGGAAUGCUCGGAGAGAUUUACCCGAUGAACGAGUUUCCGAUGAAGCGGACUUAUUCCUACAAGUUGCGCAAGAGGAAGAUGAUAUGAAUCGCCAAAAGAAUUAUCCAGCCUUGAGUAGAUUAGAUUCUAGAAAGUCCCGCAUCAGUAUGCGCCAAUCUCUCCCUGCUCCCAGCUUCCGUUCUUCGUAUCUUCGUCGUGAACCCGAUCAAGAAACGAAGCCAACACCUCGUUACGCAGAAGAAGCGGAAAGUCUAGCACAAGUAUUGGAAGAUGAUCCUUCUGCAAGGGAAAGACCUUUUAGCUCAUUUUCCAUGGCUCCGGGCGAGCAAAGAAAGCGAUCCUAUGCAACCGCACUGUCGAAUCCUACAACUCCACGAACGAAUAACCGAGAAGGCGAUUCCGAGCCAACAUCACCGUAUACUGGACGACGACCAUCUGUGCAGGACCGAACAAUCACUGCCUAUCGACAUUCGAAUUUAUCCAAUUCUUAUUCCGCCCCUCGAACUACUGCUUAUCAUUCUUCUCCACUUGUGGCGCAACCGAUGGAGAUCAGCGAACAACAUGAAACACAGCGUGCAACAGAGGGAACUGCGUCGACCGUGUCCACAACUGCACCUUCAACUGUCUGGGACGAACUCGAAGAUUUGAAAUCGCGCAUACAUAGAUUGGAGUUGACGGGAAAAUUGCCUACAACAUCUGGUGCAGCUGUCUCGCGAGCCACCCAGGAGCGUCCUCCUACUGCUACCACAACCGAAACUACCAUGUCAACAUCACCAAAACAACGUGGACGUGGUAAUAGCAUAUCACCGACCGAAGCUCCAUCCGUGGAUAUGUCUAAAGCCGAAAAUCAUCCUCUCUUACGAUCUGUUUUGAUAAAUUCGAAGCCUUCAUUGGACCCUGAAAUAUACAAGUCUCUGGAGGCUACAGCGAAUGACGCAUUGGCAAUCUCUGCAAUGAUGGGAGCUUCUGGUCAACCUGGGCCGAUAUCAAGCUCCCAAUCAUCCGUCGGUGGAGCACAUUCUAAUGUUUCUGAUCGUCAAGUCCGUCGGAAAGCAGAUAGUUUGUGUCGCAAUUUGACGGAACUUUGUCUUUCGUUAUUCGAAAGAAGACUAAACGAUCCCGAUACCACUCUUACACAGAUCCGACAGAGUAGCCAUGGUCAAGAUACUGAUAUCCGACAGAGUAUAGAACCAGUUAGCCCAAGGCAGCCACCUUCAAGUGAUUUAAUGAAGUUAAAAGCAAGCCCGAGGUCAUUUAGCCGUCUCGAGGCCCGAAGAAGCAGCCUUCUCGCACCAGCUGCGUUGCCAACUUUGAGAUAUUUACCGCCUGAGAGUACAACACCUAUGCAAAGUUUAGCUGCUGGACGUCGCACAUCUUUAUUACUUCGUAGUCGACGUGCUGAAGCCGAAGAUCCCCAAGAAUCAAUAGAGGCUCGAUUUCGAGCACCCUCAAGAGCUAAGACAGACCUUGGGCGCAGGGGAGACCUUACGCGAGACGAAAUGUCACGUCCUCCGUUGCCCGAAGACGAUAUGAGAUCCGCGACAGCAUCAUCAUCGUUAGCACUUAGACGGUCUUAUACGACAGCCCUCAGUCCCAACAGGGGCCCACAAUCUUCUCCUCUUAUACAAACAACCACUGGCAGAAGAUAUUAUGAACGAACACCGGAGAGAGAGAUUCUUGUGAACUCAAGCCUAGGUGGCGGCGGUGCUCGUAAAUAUCUAGAGCGCACUCCCGAGAGGGAUACCACAAGCCUUUCUGGAAGAUUGGCCGAAGAACGUGGGCAGAGAAAGGUCUCUGCCCCUUUAACUUUUGCCGCCAGAAACAGAGCCGGUAGCCUCCUGAGGAAUAAGGAGCCAUUAGGUCCUUCGCAAACUGGUGCUUACCAGUAA